AUGCUUCUGUUGACAAAGCGUAAGCGUGGCCAAACAAUAGCCGAGUUCCUUCUGGCAUAUGUAUUCUUGGCUCUCCUGAUUGGUAUGCGAUUCCUUCUCGAGCGCAGCUAUUAUCCUGCUCGACAAAUAGCAGCAUUCCGUCCACAUGAUCCCAUGCUGAGUAACAGUACAACUGCAAAUACGACUUAUUAUUAUCCCAACAAUACGUGCACACAGCAAAUUGUGCAAACUGCAGUAAACAGUCUAUCACAGAAUGUACCCGGCUUUCCUACUAACAUUCAAGUUUUGUCCACGCCCGUCUUAUCAUCUUAUUCAAGUUCAACAUUGGAAUCGAUUUUUGCCUUUAUUUAUUUUACUAAUAUCGAUUCCGCAUGUAGCAGUGCUUCUUCGAUGCCCGAUCAAGUUCAAUAUACAUUACGAAUGCAAGAAAAUGGCCUGACAUAUUAUCAAGCUCAACAGGUUAAACUUGCUGCAAGUGAUUAUUUAUGGAAGCGAUCACCAGAAGAUUAUUGUCAAGACAACAAAACAAUACUGAAUUACACAACACAAUUUUUGGGUGUUCAAUAUUUUGUUGAUCUAUCAAUUAUUGAAUAUGUAACGAAUAUCAAUCAGAGCGUAUCAAGUAUUUAUUUGAAUCAUUUCGGUUGUCCUGAAGUUUAUAUAGAUCAAUUGAAUUCUGGUUUUAAUUUCUUCGUUCCACUAUUUCUUUCGAUUAUUUAUGUCGUCACUUUUGUUUUGAAUGUUGGAUAUAUUGUCGAAGAACGUGCAAAUAAAACCAAGGAAUAUUUACGAAUCUUCGGUCUUCGUACCUGGGUCAAUAAUCUUGUAUGGAUAACACGAUCAAUGUGUAUUUUUUUUGUAUUAACUUGCAUUGUAACUCUUCUGAGCAAAGUGGCUCUUAAAGGCACCAGUGGUGCAGGUGUUACCAAAUCUGUUUUUAAUACUAUGGAUUGGACAGUCGUGUGGACAGUCUUAUUUGUUUAUUCAAUUGAAGUAUCAGUGUUUGCUGUAUUUUUCGGGCAAUUUUUUAAAAGAACUCUAUUAUCAAAAUUGGUCGGCUUAGUUAUUUGGAUAAUAACAUUUAUUGAUUUUUAUUCGUCGGCACCAGUCGGCCUUCGAUAUUUUCUAUGUUUCCUUCCAAAUGCUGGCCUUUUAUUCUGUGUACAAGUUAUGCUACAGUACGAUCGGCGAGGCGGUGGUACGGCCUCUAUGGGAGAACUUUACACGAACAUCUUUGGAUACAAACUGUAUAUUGGCCUUUGUCUUCUGCUGAUGUUAAUCUACUCCGUCAUGUAUUUCUUUCUCGCUAUUUAUGUUGAACGUCUCAAUCCCGGUGAAUUCGGUGUUGCACAACGAUGGAAUUAUUUAUUUCAAAAAUCAUAUUGGAAGCCUUCAGCAGUAAGCCCAACUGAUAGUGAUAAUGAUUUCAGUAUAGUUAAUAAUGGUGUAUCAAAGGGAAGCAAUUCGAUGGAACUCGAACAGUUAGAAACGCGAAAAAGUCCAACAAUGAAAAUUAAUCAUUUAAAUAAAACAUUCGAUAAAUUUCAAGCCGUCUCGGAUCUUUCGCUUGAGUUCUUUGAAGGUGAAGUAUGCACAUUAUUGGGACACAACGGUGCAGGAAAAACAACCACAACAUUUAUUCUUGUUGGCAUGAUGAAACCAACCUCUGGCAGUGUAACUAUUAAAGGACUCGAUAAUCGAUUGCAGAUUGAAGAAGUUCGACAUCAUCUUGGCUUUUGUCCACAAUAUGAUAUUCUUUAUGAUGAGUUAUCUGUUGAAGAACAUUUAGAAUUAGUUGCACAGAUGCGUCAUAUGGAUGACGAAAAAAGGAAAGCGUCAAUUGAUACUAUUCUUCCGUUAAUUGGAUUAUCAAAUGAUCGAAACACAUUAUCGAAAGAUUUAUCAGGUGGAAUGAAACGUCGAUUGUCAAUUGGAAUCUCGUUAAUCAAUGAUCCAAAAGUUGUUAUUCUCGAUGAACCAACAAGUGGCAUUGAUCCGUACAAUCGGCGUCUAAUUUGGACUAUUAUAAGAAAAUUGAAGUUAACAGGAAAAUGCGUUUUAUUGACAACACAUUUUCUGGAAGAAGCUGAUGUUUUAUCCGAUCGUAUUGCUAUCAUGAGCCGAGGUCGAUUACAAACGAGUGGAACACCAGAUUAUCUUAAACAACGAACAGAUUUUGAAUAUCGAUUAUUAAUGGAUAAACAAGAUCAAUCUUCUAGCGAUCGCAUAACGCAAUUUAUUCAAGGAUACGUUGGUAGUGUUGUUCUAGAACGUGAGUCAGCUGCAGAACUUGUCUAUGGAAUAAAGCGUGGCGAAUCGGAAAAUAUUGAACGAUUAAUUAGUGGACUCGAUCAAAACAAAGACGCCAUUGGCAUUAAUUCCUAUGGCUUAUCAAUGACAACUAUUGAAGAUGUUUUUCUACGAUUAGUUCAAGAAGAGGAAGAAAAUGAACAAACGCAAGAAGGCAAUAAACGUCAGUUAGGCGAAGAAGUUUUUCGUAAACAAUAUCCACGUGUUCAUGGCAUCAGUCUAUUUUGGGCUCGUAUUCGAGCCUUAUUAAUCAAACGCUGGCACGUUUCUCGGCGACAGAUUAGUUUAUUCUUAGGUUUUUUUCUACUUACAAUCCUUCUCGAAAUUCUUAACGUUUCUGCUAUACCGACGCCACGAGAAAUUCAAAAUUCACUUACAACCUAUGCACGUAUUACCGAUGCUCAAGUAACAUUGAUUCCAUCGAUUUAUAAUACGCAAACUGUUGUUGCAUAUGCGAAUAGUAAUACAAAUAAUGUAGAAAGCAAUCUUAUUAGUUAUCUAUCUGGCACCGGUGUCACUGUUGAUGAAAUAUUUACCGAUACUGUACUUAGUUAUGUUACAGGAAGAUAUUAUCAAACUGAAGAUAUAUUCAUUAAUACAUACCAAUUAGGUUUAGCUGCCUAUAAUAACGGUACGUUGUUGUCACCGUCAUUACGAAUGAAUGCUUAUUAUUCAACAGUUAAUUUUCAUACGAUGCCAACAAGUUUAGGCGCUGCAGCAACAAAUCUUUUUCAAUUCUAUGCAAAUUCAUCAUCGAAAAGUAUUGUUACAAUCAAUCAACCCAUAAUAACAAAUCCAACAUCAACAUCGUAUCUUGCGCAAAUUAUAAAUGUUCUCUAUUGUUUCGAAGUAUUUCCAAUAUCAUUGUUUAGCUUGUUCAAUAGUAUUAUAGCAACAAUAUACAUUGCUAUUCUUCUAUUAACAUUAGUGACGGAGCGUAUUAGCAAUUCGAAAGAUCUUCAAUUGUUAACUAAUUUAAAAAGACAUGGCUAUUGGCUUGCACAUUGGAUCUUUGAUUUUUCGUUAUGUUUGAUUCUUAUUUCACUUUUAACAAUUAUUAUAAAAAUCGGCAGUGCAGCGAAUCCAAAAACUGAUGCUGAAGUACAUGUUUAUCAAAACUCAACAGCAACAGGCGUCUUUUUUCUAGUGUUUCUCAUGUAUACAUUAGCAUCGUUACCGUUCGUUUAUGUUUUUUCCUUUAUUCCAAAAUCAUCAAUUAUGGGCUUUUCAAAUUUUUUUAUCUUAAAUGUUAUUGGAUGUGUUAUUGAUGCCGUUAUUAGUUCGUUUCCUGUCUUCAUUAAAAAUAAUACACCAUCAGCAGGUCCUACCAGAAUCUAUUCGACAAUAUCGGUUGUUCGUUAUAUUGGUGCAGCUUUACUGCCAACAAUUAAUUUAAAACAAGCCAUUGCUAACAUUCAGUUACAUGAAAAUAGUGCAUGUAUAACUGCGUGGAAUUCACUGUUAGGCACUCAAUUAUCUUCAACUGGCUCAUUAAUGGCAACUAGUCAACCUGGUGUCGGAACACAAUUAAUUAUAUUUAUUGUACAAAUUGCAUUUUGGUUGGUGAUGUUAGCUGUGGUUGAACAUUGUUCAAGAGUCCGAAAAGCUCGGCAAGGAUGUUGUUGUGGACUAGGCUCAUCGAAUGCAAUGAUAUCUGAAGAAUGGGAUGAUUCAAAUUUAGACGAAGAUGUAAGACUAGAACGUCAAUUGAUUUUACACGAUAAUGCAAUAGCAAAAGAAUCUGUAAUUGUUGUUAAAGAUCUUGUCAAAGCAUUCAAUACUAAAAAGAAACAAUCGAAUGGUGAUCGAGUUUAUUUGGCAGUUAAUCAUUUAAAUUUUUAUGUACAAAAGCGAGCAUGUUUUGGUCUAUUGGGAGCAAAUGGAGCCGGAAAAACGACAACAUUUCGUAUGUUAAUUAAUGAUAUCAAAUCAACGUCUGGAAGCAUAAUUAUCAAUGGAAAAAAUAUCAGUAAAACGAAACGAGAUUUAGAACUUGGUUUCUGUCCACAGUUUGAUUGGCUUAUUUCUGAUCUUAGUGUUUUCGAAACAUUGAUGUUAUUUGCUAGAUUGAAAGGUGUAGAAGAAUCGGAAGUAUCAGAAAUGUGUUAUAACAUGAUGAAUAUCUUUGGUCUUGAAGCAUAUGAAAAUCGUCUAGUACAAAAACUCAGUGGUGGUAAUAAACGAAAAGUUAGUGCAGCUUUAGCAUUUAUGGCUAAUCCAGAAUUAGUCUUCUUAGAUGAGCCAACAACGGGUUUGGACGCAGCUGCUAAACGAAAAUUAUGGAAAGUAAUUCGAACUGCCCGUGAUGUUGGUUUGACAAUUAUUAUGACAAGUCAUAGUAUGGAAGAAUGUGAAGCUCUAUGUACUAAAAUCGGUAUUAUGAAUCAGGGUCAAUUUAUGUGUCUUGGAAAUCUGCAACAUUUAAGAACUCGUUUCGGUAAAGGUUACGCUGUCAAAAUAAAAGUAGCCGGGGAUAAUAUCGAGGGUGUUAAAGAGAAUUUAAUAUCAAGUUUACCAGGAAUUGAAGUACAAGAUCAAUAUAAUGAAAUGCUCUUCUGUAAUCUACCAUUGUCAUAUUCAUUAACGAAUGAAGCAAAUGCAAGCAGAUUACCGUAUAAUUUGGGACGUGUCUUUGAAGUCUUGAAUCAAAAGAAAGAACAAGGAAUAAUUGAAUCAUAUUCAGUAUCACAAACAACACUCGAACAAAUAUUCGUUCAACUUGCUGGCGAAGAUGAAGAAGCCAUACGUGAUAGAAGAGGAAAUAAUCAAAACGACGUUAUUUCUCCAGCGACAACUCCACUUUAA